AUGCCCGUCUUCAGCUUCAUUGGCCUCUGGGACUUCGACUGCGACAGGUGGUCUUCCAAGAAUUUCGUGCUGAUGGGCGUGAUGAUCUUUUUUCACACCGCAAGCUCGUACGGCAAGGCUGGGCUGGCCGCGGAGCACGUGACGAUCACGCGCAAGGCGAUGGGCGCGAUCCCAGAGCCUGACGAAGUGAUGUUCUGUCCGAUCGAUCUGCAGCAGGAUGGCGUCCUGAUACACAGCUUCGUUGGUGAGCAACACCUGCAGGCGGACUUCGCGAACGAGUACCUCGGAGGCGCGGUGAUGCGAGGAGGGGGCUCGCAGGAGGAGGAGCUGUUCCUCUGCUGCCCCGAGCUGCUGGCAACCUUGUUCUUAGUCGAGAGGAUGCUGGAUUUCGAGGCGGUCGAGAUCGCUGGGCUCAGGAGGUAUGUCGAUCACAACAUGUGCAGCGGCAAGACCUGGAGCCGGAGCGACCAGUUCUGCCGGCCAGUCCCCGAGGCCGAGCGUCUCGUCAAUUUGACCACGGUUGCCAUGGACGCCAUUUGCUUCAACUCCUACGGCAAGCUCUCCAAGUCCGAGCAGUACCAGCCCGCGAACGUCAGGAGAGAGGUGCGCAAGUGCCUCGUGGCCCUGCGGCCCCCCGCUGCGGCAGGACCGGGGGCCCGCCGGAGCUUCGUCACCGGCCUGUGGGGGUGCGGCGCCUUCCGGGGCGACCCGGAGCUCAAGUGCGUCAUACAGUGGAUCUGCUGCUCGCUGGACGCGUCGGUGGACAAGAUGAUCUUUUGCCCGUUCGACCAGCGCGAGUGUCUGAGCCACGCGGGCCUCGCCGAGCUGGUCGACCUGCUCCCAGGACGCGUUAGCGCCAAGCGCGUGUUGGACCUCCUCGUCGAGGACCAAGACUACGCAUGGUCGAGUAGCACGUUCCGCUACUUGCUCAAGAAGCUGGCAUCUGUGGGCGACAGCCCACAGCCACCCAGCUCCUAG